AUGGAUGUUGACACGGUAGAUGAGAAUGAAACACCCGCAGAGUCGCAGAAGGCUGCAGGGAAGAAGCCACUCAGUCUCCCGGUAGAUGAUGCACACCCGCUAGAUCUCGACGCUAUCACAUCGAGCUACACAGAUCGCUCUAUCGUCGAGCGACUGGUGCAUAUUACCGCGGCGUGUCCAGCAGUGGCGGUUCAGGCUCUGCAGCUUGCUCUCGAUCAAGUCUUCAAGAUGCGCGACACGAACCUCUAUUUCUCUGUCCGAAGUGCAUACGAACAGUGUCAAGGGAACAGUCAAGGACAGCUUCCGCCAAUUACUGAGAUUGCGCCGCUCGACCAGAAGUGGAUCGAUGAAACGGCGGCGAAGAAUGCUGCGGAGAAGAACAAACUCGAGGUCGAGCUCAAGACAUACUCGAGUAACAUGAUCAAAGAGAGCAUCAGAAUGGCUCAUCGAGACCUCGCCAACUACUAUCGAGCAGUAGGAGACCAAGCCAGCGCCCUAAAGCACUAUACCAAGUCGCGCGAAUUUUGCACGACCAGUCAUCACGUACUCGAUAUGUGCUUCUCGAUUAUUGAGCUGCUCAUUGAGCACCGGAACUACGCUCACAUGUCAACAUAUGUCUUCAAAGCUGAUGCGGCGCUCGAUGCCACAGCAAGCACCGCGCGUCCCACGGGGCCCACAGCGCCCGCAAAUUCAUCGGCUAAUCGCGUGCUCACCGAGCGCGAAAAGGUUCAGAGCAAGCUGGAUGCCGGUCUCGGGCUGUCACACUUUGGACAAGGUCAAUACGAGAAGGCCGCUAACUUCUUUGUCAAAGUUGGGCCCAUCAAGUCCCUGGGCACCUGGAUUGGUACGGUCAUCGCACCGGGAGAUAUCGCGGUUUACGGCACGCUAUGUGCACUGGCGACGUUCCCGCGACCUCAGAUCAGCUCACAGAUUCUCAAUAACGACGGAUUUGGCGCCUUCAUCGAGCAGGAGCCAUACGUGCGCGAGCUGAUCGAGGCGUACAUGAGUAACCGCUUCAAGGAUGUGCUGGGGAUUCUCGAGAAAUACUCGACACGCCACGCGGUUGACCCACACCUCGGAGCGCACAUCCAAAUUCUCAUCAAGUUGAUCACGAAUCGCGCACUGGUGUUGUUUUUCCAGCCUUUCGUAUCGAUUCGGCUGGAGCGCAUGAGCACGGCGUUCGGAUGGACCGUCGACGAGCUCGAGCAGCACGUCGUCGCACUCAUCCAGUCUGGCGAGAUCAAGGCGCGCGUUGACCGCCAGAACAAGAUCUUAAAGGCAAAAGAGACAGACCAGCGGUCUGUGCUCUACGCUCGUGUGAUGAAGUCAGGGGAGCACAUGGCAUCCGCAAACCGCAAGCUACUACUGCGUUUGCGAUUGUACGUACAGGCUCCACUGUGCAACUCACGUUGA